UGCAAACAGUUGUUGCAAAUUCUAAAGAAUGAUGUUUAGAGAGAGAAAAAGCCGAAGCUAGCUUUGAAGGGUGGGUCAAUGGAGAGACGGAUGGGACGAUGUCCAUCCUGCCCGUUUUUUUAAAAAAAGUAUAAAAAUCAAAAAACAAAGGAAAUGAUGACCGUACUUUUUUUUGAAGAUUAUUCGGCCAUGGCGUCGUCUACAACGGCUCUGCGUGAAUCGCGGAACAACACGCAGGCAUCUCGGGGCACUCCCUGAACCGCCCACCUUCUCUGCGCUGGAAAAUGGGUUGACAACCGCCGGAAAAAUCGAUUCUUUUAGAGAUAGAGAGAGAGAAAGAAAAGGGAACAUGGCUCUGUUAAAAACAAAAGGGAAGAUUGGAGAGAGGUUGAAGAGAGUUUUCAAAACGGUUGUGUUUUUGGUGAGUUUGUUCGCCUCUUUGCUCGUUUUCUCAGCGCCCACCGUCGUCGCCAUUGCCGAUGCUUUGGUGCCGUGUGCUCUUCUCUCCGCAUUUACUCGCGCCGGGUCAUGGCAUUCUGUUAAGGAUCAAUGGCAGGGAUAUGGCUUCAGAACUUCUCUCCUUGAUGUGCCCAUUCUCUCUCUAGCUCGAUCCUUCCCAAUCAUAUGUGUUUACUCCUUAUGUGAUGUGCGUGGACUCUCUCAGGGCCCUUAUCUUGGAACUGCAACAAUAUGCUCCUUGUUCUCUGUUGCCCUUCUGUCAGUGAAGGCCUGUCUCUUUAUUGGAAGUGCUGAAACUGAGCUUGGAGCUAUGGCCACAUUGGCGGCACAAAAGCUUCACUUGAAGCAGUCAUGGGGGAUGCCUGUUCUGUUCCUCUCUUCCCUUGUUUUGGCUCUUGGCCACGUGGUUGUUGCCUAUAGAAUCAGUCGCAAAGCUCGACGGAUGCUUCUCUUUCAUCAUGUUGAUCCAGAGGCUGUUUUGACCUGCAAGCAUGUAUUCUCUGGGUACCAGAAGGUGCCCCGUUCACCGACUCCUGGAACUGGGAAGGGCUCAAGGAGUGACAAUGUGACAAAGAGUGGAGCAUCAAGAAUGGGAGUAGCAACUGCCAAUGAAGGAAUGCUCCCCAUCAGGUUGCUUGCCGAUGUAGAUAGCUUUUUCAUGCCAUGCCGAGGCCUCAUCCUUCAUUACAAAUUCUCCCAUCCUUCAGCUGCAGCUGCUAAAUCAGCAUCACCUUUCGUUACUCGAUCCUUGUCCUCCUCUGAGAAUGGUCGCUUCUUUUGUACCACACCUGGAAGGCUUAAAACAGAGAGACCAGUUUUUGUAACUCCCAAUUCCCACCAUCUUAAAAGGAGCUUAAGUAAUUAUUUUAACAGUUCCUCCCUUUAUGCACCAUUGUUGUCUGAUUCUGAUGCUUGUGCUGACCAUAUUCCGGCUCUAAAAUUGGAUGGUGAUGGUAGUGAUCAUGGUGCAUUUAUGAAAAGCUAUUGCGAUGGGCUUGGAGCGAAUGGCUCUUAUGGUGUAGUGUUGGUGCAUGGAUUUGGAGGAGGGGUGUUUUCAUGGCGGCAUGUGAUGGAUCCCUUAGCUAAGCAGGUGGGGUGUUCUGUGGCUGCAUUUGAUAGGCCAGGAUGGGGUUUGACUUCUCGUCCACAUAAGGCUGAGUGGGAGGUGAAACAGCAGCCUAAUCCUUACAAGCUUGACUCUCAGGUUGAUUUGCUUCUCUCCUUCUGCUUGGAGAUGGGCUUCUCUUCGGUGGUUAUUGUUGGUCAUGAUGAUGGUGGGCUGCUUGCCCUAAAGGCUGCUGAGAGAGCCCGUUCAUUUCCCGAUUCAGUGCAGGUUGAGAUCAGGGGAGUGAUUCUUCUAAGUGUGAGCCUUUCGAGAGAAGUGGUUUCUGCCUUUGCUCGGAUACUCCUCCAUACGUCCUUGGGGAAGAAGCAUGCUGUUGGACGUCUACUUCGUAUGGAGAUAACCCAAGUCAUUAAUCGUCGUUCAUGGUACAAUGCUGCGAAGUUGACCGCAGAAGUUCUUAAUCUCUACAAGGCACCACUUUGCAUAGAGGGGUGGGACCAAGCUGUGGGUGAGAUCGGGAGGUUGUCUUCUGCAAACACCCUCUCCCCAGCACAGGCUGACCUUCUCUUGAAGGCUGUUGACGACAUCCCCGUUUUGGUCAUCAUGGGUGCCGAGGAUGCUCACGUUCCUCUCAAAUCAGCACAAGUUUUGGCAUCAAAGCUUGCAAAUUCUACACUAGUUGCAAUAUCUGGAUGUGGGCAUCUUCCACACGAGGAGUGUCCAAAGGCAUUAUUGGGAGCCCUCACCCCUUUCGUAUCAACAACUCUAUUCUCUUCUCAUCAUCAUCACAACAAUCACAAUCUCACAUGAUUUGUUUGUAUUAUUAUUCUUUCUUGUUUUACAUCUUUUUUCCUUUGAUUGGAAUUUUUUGAAGGUUUGUUCUUCCUGUUUUUGUUUUUUUUGUUUUUCUCCGGAAUUUAUUCACGUAAUAGUGGGAGGGGCCUAGGUUUGUAUUUUGGUGUGGAAUUGGAGGUUACCCAGGUAUCCCUUUGCCCCUCUCCCUAGGUAGGAUCCCAUUGUGCUUUCGAUUAAAGGAAAUGGAAGGCAUAAUUCCAUUUGUAUAUUUUUGUUCCCAUCGGCGUCAGGUUUUGUCCAUCUUAACAGCAUUCUCUCUCUCUCUCUCUCUCUCUCUGUGAAAAAGUUGGAUUCCAAAGUAGCUGGACUCCAUAGUACCAAACAGGUGCUUGAACCAUCAUUUUGUCAGUGAUGUCCUCACAAAAGACAUUACAUGAGUGUAUGACAACUUGAAGAAUUGGAAAUUUCUCUUGCCUGAUAUAA